CAUCAAUUCAAUAUACAUAAUUUUCCAUAGUUGUUCAUGGUAUCACGAGCCAGACUCUAACGAGUUCAUUUUUUUUCCGAUCUGUUUUUCACGAUGACGAUCACCGCUACUACCCAAGUCAUCUCCCUCACCGCCACCAACCAUUUUCCAAUCAAACUUACUUCCUCCAAUUUUUCUGUUUGGAAAUGUCAAGUGCAUUCCGCUCUUGUUGGCCUCGGUCUUGAAGGCUACGUCGAUGGCACUCUCACUGCCCCGGAGAAAUAUCUAGAUACUGCCAAAACCCAGCUCAAUCCUUGCUAUGCCAUUUGGUAUCGGCAAGACCGCACUAUCAUCAGUGCCCUUAUCGGAAGUUGCUCCGACACUAUUCAACCACUCAUCUCGUCGGCUACUACGGCCAAAAGUGCGUGGGACAAGCUGAUUCUCACCUACGCCAAUACAUCUCGCGGCCGCAUCAUAUCCCUGAAGUCCUCCAUUGCUCGGACCAAACGGGGUAACAGAUCCAUCACUGAUUACCUCACUGAAAGGUAUGCCAUAGCCGAGGAUUUGGCGCUUGCUCAAAACCCCAUAUCGGAUGAAGACCUGGUUGUGCACAUUCUCAAUGGUCUCGGCCCGGAAUAUAGCAAUAUUAUAUCUGCUAUAAGAGUCCGUGACACUGCCUUUCCAUUAACCCAAUUGCAAGACUUAUUACUGGAAAAAGAAAAAGGAAUUCAAGAGGCGGCUAAUGCAACUCAAUUGAUUGUACCUACUGCCCAUGCUACAAACAUGAUGUCACCUACUCCUGAACGUCACCCAACUCCACACUAUGAGAGACGUGGAGCACAUGGACGUCGUGGUCGUGGUGGCCACUUCGGUCAUUCGCCCAGACCUUCUACAUCUAAUGUUAUUUGUCGUUUUUGUUCAAUUCCAGGUCAUGAAGUCCAAAAGUGCCGUAAGUUGCAACGAUUUCUCCGGGAAAAUCAUAUAUAUACUCCUAUGCCAUCAUCACAACCCGUGGUUAAUACUACGUCGGCCAACUCUUUUGCGGCUGGACAACCGUGGUUGUUUGAUAGUGGAGCGUCACAUCAUGUAACAUCGGCAGCCACCUCACUCCCUUCCUAUACUGAAUAUGGAGGUCCUGAUGAGGUCCCUCUUGGUGAUGGAUCGGAUCACGGGGGCGCCACUCAUGCAAGGAAUGAAUCAUAACGAUGUCUAUUAUGCACCGUCCCGGAGUCUUCCUCAAGUCAACGUCUCCCAAGUUUCGGCCCGAUCUCAGUGGCAUCACACCCUUGGUCACCCAUCUAGUCGUAUUUUUGAUUCAUUAGUUCGUCACAAUAAAAGUGUCAUAUCGUGUAAUCAUUUUAGUGAUUCUCAUUGCAUGUCAUGCUCAGUUAAUAAAAGC